UUUUCUUCGAGAUUGCUUAUUUCUUCUCUAAAAUUAAGGUCAAAAAUUUUUAAAACUAUAUUUUUAUUAAAAUGUUUGUUCUUCUUUAUAGUUUAUAAGAGUAUUUGUAGAGUGUAGGCUAUCAAGUUUAUUAAGUUGGUGUUCUUGUUAUUUUAAUAUUAUUUGCUCAAUUGGCAUGUAAGAAAGCAGAAAGAGUUUUUGAAAUUUUUGUGCGAAGUACGUUGUAUAUUUCAAAUUUAACGUCCUGUAACGUGCCACAGUCUGCAAGAUGGAAGCAAUGACACUUGGCUCACCCGUGUCCUCCCCGGGGUCGCUGCUGGGUCCGACGGGACUGACGUCACCUUUCCUGCCGGGGUUCCUGAUUGGAGACACCUCGGCACAAUCUCCAGCACACACACCCAUCUUUGCUUCCAGCCCAUCAAAGGCAGGAAAACAUGUGACUUUUGGUGAAACUCCAGUGAUGGCACGCACGCCAACAUUGGCGACAGAGCCGAGGCAACCUCUGCUGCAAAGGAUGCCCACUGCCCUGCAGACCCCGGAGAAGAGCGGCGGCCCGCCGACGCAGGCCCUUUUCGACACGCUGACCAGCCCGAUGACACCGUCUUCCUUCACUGGAGCUUCCGACUCUUUUGCGCAAAUGAGCAGUCCUCUGUCGCAAACGGAAACGUGGGACAACAACUGGGUGACCGUGUUUGGUUUCCCUGCAAACACGACGCAAGCCGUCAUCCAGCACUUCUCGCACUUCGGCACCAUCGUGGACCGCAGGCUGCCGAACCAGGGCAACUGGGUGCAUUUGCGGUACCAGGGGCGGCUCGAGUGCCACAAAGCGCUCGCGAAUAAUGGUCGCGUGCUCUUGGGCAGAGUUAUGAUUGGUGUCCUGCCUUGUAAGGACAAGACCAUAGUCGGAGAGAACACAGGUGUGUGUACGAUGCCAGGCACCCCUGGAACUCCCGACAGCGUCAUGUCGCCCAGACAGUUGACGAUCGGCAGUCCGUCUGUGUCCGUUUCCUCGCCGUUGUCCGCCAGGACAGCGCGUCCCCUGGUGCAGGCGUACAAGAUAGCUCAAGCAGACUCCAGGGUGGUUUCUCCAGCGAACAUGCCACAGAAAAGCACAGGGGUUGUAUCUCGAGCGAUGGAAUAUUUAUUCUUAUGAUGGCGUCACAGUACGAUACAUGCGACAGGUACAGCAGUGCUACAAAAAAAAAACUUUUUAUUGUUAUAAAGUGGACUGCAAACGCCAAAAGUUUCUACAUUGCCUAAAUAUGGAAUCUGACAUCAGUCGAGUGUUUCCUUGGCUGCCAGUGAAGUGUUUGCUACUGAGAAAGUAUACAUGAAUGCUAAAGGACAAGAAGACAAAUAAAUUUACCAGUCCAGCAACAAAAUACACAGGAGUGAUUUGUAAGCCAGUUUGUGACAUUAUGAUUUUCAAAUCAUGUGAUAUGUACUAUGGUACCAUAGUAAAUAGAUCUUAAUAGUUUUGACAAGCAACAAAGAUUUUGUUGACCAAUUUGUUGAAUUGCUUUUUUAUUGUUUUAGUGAAGUAAUUUUUUGAUUAAAAAAAAAGCACUUUUUCCCCAAUAAAAUUUAGAAAUCUUA